AUGGCCAUGCGGGGACCGCGCCUUCAGGUUGGCUCUGCCGCCUGGGUGGCCGAAGAACGCUCCAGCGCCCUCCAGAUUGCCCAGGCCGAAGUCGAAGAGUUUUCCUUCUCUGCGAGGAAUGAACUUGAAUGGCUGAACGAGCACAUGGCUGGCAUAUUUGAUGAGAACGAGACGAAUUUCGCUGAGACCUUCAAGACUCCUGGAAAGCUUCGUGGAAAGACUCCUCGAACGGCUCUCAAAUCGAACGCCUCCGAAUCGCGAGCACCUCUAUCGGACGUGUUCGCCGCCACCCCCAAUGGUUCAACAAACCGAUUCGCCCAGAAACUCAAUCGAGUAAACUCGCCAAAAACCCAAACGAUCGCCGCCAAGUCAUCUUCCUCGCCAUCGAAACCGGUAGCUCGCAAGCAGAACGCACCGGGUGCCGAGAUGGCUGGGCCUGGAGGGGCAUACCAGGACUCUGGAUAUUUUGGGAGCCAGGAUGUUCACUCUAGCCAUGCGCGCGAUGAAGAAGAACUCCUUUAUUCUCAGCAAACUCCUGCUGGUGAGCCUACCGCGACCGGUGUAUACAUGAGCGACACCCUCAUCCGCACGGACUCAUCCGAGGAGUACCAAGCCAAGGAAGUUGUCUCGUCCGAUGCGCUUGUAGAAAUGGAGCAGGAUGAUGAAGCCAGUGAGGUCGAGGAUGUAAAGGACGUUGUCAUGGAAGAAGACGAUGUUCCUGACUCGGAACAGCCGGUUCUGACCUCUGAGGCAAAAACAGCCCUAGAAGCAUCUUCUGACCCUGUCGCAUCCCCGGCGCAUUCUGUGGAAAGUGCAUUGGAUGAUGCGCGAUCAAAUUUAGACGCUUCCAGCCCAAUUCGCCCGCUGGUCCGCAAAAGCAGCCUAAACUUUGCCUCGCUCCCUGCAAGGGAACCGCUCACUGCUGGAAAGAGCCUUGGUACUCGAGCUUCCCGUACCAGCUACUUCGAUACCAACAGGAAGAGCCAGUACAACUGGGCUGCUGGAGGGAAAACACCGGGAAAGCCUACUCAAGAUACAGAUGACGCCGAGGAGGAAGACAGAGAAGAAUUGAAGAACGAGGAAAUAGCUCGACCGGCCGAGGUCAACCCGGCCUUGAACCACAACAAAACUUACACGCAGAGGCUUCAAGAUCAGAUCAACCUACUGGGCAAGUCAAAGCCAAGCGGCAGCAGGCCCUCGAAGUCGACGCACAACCUCGCCUCCCUACAGCAGGCUGCGGCCCCCUCACAGCCUACCGAGGUGUCCAAGUCCCCGAGUCCCAAACCCGCGGAAGCGACCACAACGACCCCCGGAGCGUUCCCCGAGGAUGACGAUGACUGGAUUGAUCCCCCGGUUGCGUCCCCCACCUUUACGAAGCCACAAAGUCCAAUUUCCCCGCCAUUGCCGAAGAGUCAUUCCGCGGAUGUCAUGGAAGGCAUCCACGAGAACGAUCGCAUCAGCGACGUCAACUUUGAGCCGCCUACACACGAGCGCGGUGGUCAGUCUGUCUCCCCCCAACGAGCUCCUACUCACCAGACCGCCUUGAACACACCGGGGCACGCAAAAUCUGUCUCGGUGCCGACCGUUCCACUGCUUCCUCGGGCUGUCACAGAUCAGACUCUUCCGCUCACAAAGGCUUUCUCGAUCCCGCUUUCUUCCAUGCUGGACGGAGACGGUGCACAGACGCCUUCGCAUUCGUCGUCUCGCUCGUUCCGGGAUAGCCCUUUGAAACAGGUUAAGAACAAACUGUCUUCGAUCCUGAAAAGCUCCAAGGGUCUUCUCGCCAGCAGCGCCGCCGUCAGUGCGGAGGGGAAGUCGUCUCUUCUCUCGCCAUCUACAACGCGCAUGGGAUUUCACGUAACAGCCUCGACAGAGUCCCUUGCUACAAGGGCGUUUGGCAACAAUGUGGCUGCCGACAAGGAUGAUGACAAGACGUUACCAGUCGCGCGACGAACCAGAGCCUCUCUUGAACGGGAAAAGGAGGAGAAACGCCGCCAGGCUGAAGCCAGGCUCCAGGAGCAGCAGACAGAUAAGCUCGAAAAGGCCAGGGAGAAGGAACGAGAGAAGGCCCGUGUGUUCAGCAAGGAGCAGGAGCGCAUUGCAGCUAUGGAGAAGCAGAUGUCCAAGGAUGGGGAGCGCGCACCCGUUCUGGAAACACCCGAGCCCACUAAGAGCAGCACUGGCAAGAUCCAGCGUCAGCCGGAGACGGUUACGAAUAUUGUGGAUCGUAGCGUUGACAUGGCCGAUGCCCCGCCCCUGGCACCCCCGUCAGCACAUCGGCCUGCAACAGCCAGCCAAGUGGCCAGGCCGAAGGAGAUCAAGAGGCCCACGAGGCCUACGAGGGAGGCACAGGCCAAGGCGAAGCAGGCCCCUACAGUCAUCAGAGUCAACACGGGAUCGCAGCACUCGCAAUACCACUCGACAGCAAGCACUAUAACAGCCAACGCGCCCGAGAGCGUAGCACCCUCAACGGCCCCUCAAUCCCAGCCGGCAGCCCCGGCUAAGGCGAGCAAGGCCAGCAAGGCCGCACUGCAGUCCAAGCCGUCAACGCAGAGCUUGAAGGCCAGCACUUCCUCGAAUGGGCGAGCAAAGGUUCCGGACUCGGCUUCGCAGAAGCGAGAGCAGGAGGAGAGGGAAGCCCAACGGCGACGCGAGGCAAAGGCGGAGAUGGAGCGGAAACGAGCUGCAGCCCAAGAGGAGCAGCGGAGACAAGAGCAACGUCGGCAGGAAGCCGAGCGCCAGAAGCAGCGCGACCGCGAACAGGCGGCUGCUCAUGCGGAAGCGAAGCAGACUUCCCAGAGUGCCCAAAGGCAGGCGAUGCUCGAGAAGGCAAAGCAGACCAAGGCUCCGCCACCAGCGACCAGGUCCCACCAGAACGGGCCACCCGACUUUGGCAGCUCGACUCGAGAGGCACAGCCAUCCCGGCCUCCUUCUCGGAUGGACAGCGGCCACCCCACCCAGGCAUCCAAGGCUGGCAUGAAGCGGAAUCCGGCUCAGGAAGCCAAUGACGACUACAAUGCCAAGAGGCAGCCAUCUCGUGGCGGACCGUCGUACCAGGCCAAGGAUGCCAAGCGACGCCGAACUAGCGAGGCGGGCGAGACCGAGGUGGACAACCCGCCCAACAUCAAGGGUCCCCCCGUCCGCCCCUCGGCGGCUUUCAAGAAGGAGCUGCCCAAGAAGUCACUAUUCCAGAACGGAUACACGAAUGCGCCUCCCAGCGCGACGCGCGACCUAUUCAAGGCUACGGUCACGUCGCAGUACAACAACCAACACAAGUCUCCACUCGACAUGGCGCAGAUCUCCAAGGGUGCUAUCCCGUUUGCGCCCGCCAACGCAAACCACCACGGAUCAUCCUCAUACAAGACGCCAGCCAGGCCGCCGGCGGCUCACGGCUCCAAAUCGACAGCCAAGUCUGCGCAGAGGUCAUCUCCCCGGUUCCAGAACGGCGAGUCUAUCGAGCUGCCUGAGAUUGACACGGACGACGAGGACGACGAGGACGGCGGUGGCCGUGGCAUGGUGGCACCGUGGGUCGAGUCUCCCGAGCUGCGCAUGGCUCUUCUCAGGCAGGAGACUCUCGAUCCCACGGACAUCUUUGGACCUCCUCGGCCGCUCAACAUGGAAGAGGUCUUUAGCAAAAAUAAGGACAGGUGGCACAAGUUCCGUGCUCGCACAUCCAGUGCCAACUGGAGUGGCUUUGACCGCUUGACGGAGGAGGACAUCCAGAAGGAUAUGGCGGCGCGCGACAAGAUGCGUCGCGAGGGCGGCUGGUCGUUUGAACUGAGCAAGGACCUAUGA